AUGAAAACUGUCAAUAUUUUGAUGUUUUUAUUUUUCUCUGUGUUGUUUUUGUCUUAAUUGUGGUUUAAUUGUUUGUUAAUUUUUCUCUUUUUUUUUGAUUGUUAUUGAGAUGGGAUUACCUCCUCAUGAUAGAGAUUUUUAUUAUCCAACAAUUCAAAGACUUGCUCGAUUUACUGCUCGAUGUUCAGAUGAAAAUGGUGACACUUUCAAAAGACUCUGGGAUCUUAGGCCUAUGGAAAGUGAAGAUUGUCUAUUUAUUUUGGAUUCUCAAGCUCAGGAUACUGUUAUCGCCAUUGGAAUCUAUCUAAUUGAAUCUAAAUUUAAACAGAAACAUUUAAUUAUUCCCUAUCUAUUGAAGAUACUUCGUGGUUUGGUUAAAAUUAUCUGGAUUAAAGAUACAAUUAAACUCCAUGGAACUGAUCGUAUACCGGCAACUGAGCGUUUCUCAUUCUGUUUAAACACUUUACUCUCCGAUGUUGCCUGUUUUAAUUAUGAUUAUCGAGAUGAGAUUCUUAAUGAACAGAUUAAUCUUCUCUCAACUUUAGCUAAUUUAAUCUCUAGUUCAGGUCUUGCUGAUUGUAAAUCCAACAAUAAUCUCAAAAAUAGUCUAUUCAAAAAUAUCAUUCCCAUUUACAUUGGAGCUUGUAGAUCAAUUGGUCGAACCCAAGCAAACGAAAAUGAAUUACCUUUGUUUCUCCGUUUAUUUCCUGAGCCUCCAGUUCACAUUAAACCAGUGGAAGAUUUUUACCACAAUUCAGCAGAAAUAAGCUCAAGUGCUUCAAUCUCUCGAACUGGUACCCUUAGCAAGAAACACACCAUACCCGAUCUACAAAAAUGUCCACGAUCUUAUUCAUCCCUUUCAGCCAACGCAACUUGGACUAAUUCACAGUUUCCAACCCGUGAUUCUGGUGCUGAUCUAUUAUCUCUUGGUUCAAUUAACUCGGCAGCUCGAACCUCUUAUUAUUCAACAGUCCAGCCAACAACCAACACCACACAAACUGGACACCGAGAGAGUCAAAUCCUUUUCUAUAAAUUUGGCUCAUGUUUCAAUCAAUUGAAUCGCAUGCAACACAAUGACAUCUCUUUCCGAAAACCAAUCAAAUUAUAUAGUUUUUCAUUAACCCAUGUUCAGUCAGUUCUAUCAAUUACAAAGAGACUCUUAUCAACUGAAUUACUUCAAUCAUUAGAUGAACAAGUUCUGGAUUUCACAGCCACUCUACAUGUUCCUCCAUCUUAUCCAUACAAAUCACUAAGUGAAUUGUUAACUUUGGUUACCGUUGGAUUAUUACGAGAAUUGUUACAAGGAGAAUUAGAUUUACCCAGUCCAUUUAAUCGGGAUAUUCAUGAAUUUGUUAAAGGACUUUAUCUAACUGGACAAAGCGAUCUCACCAAUAAACUUUCCGAUCACUCGGAAGACUCAAGUGAUCCUAAUCCAAUAAAUACUUGUAAAUUAAUUGUACUCACAAUUGCUGCCUGUAUUGACUUAUUAGUCUGGUCUUCAGAUGAACCUGCAUCCGUUAGUAUUUGUAAUGGAUUAGCGGAAAAGAUUAACUCAUCCCAUGGAUCACGUUUAGCAAGUUCACAAUAUCCUCUGCUGAUCGCUUGUUUAGAUGGACUUGGUGACCUUUCCCAUAAAUAUCCUCACAUCUCGGAAGAUGCGAUCGCCUCAUUACGCGAUUUUAUCACCAACCCAUCGCCAAUUUUACUUAGACUUUACAAGCAACAAAGUGAAAUAACCACUCGAAAGGGAACCCUUAACAUAACCAUCUCAUAUGAAGACACCAAUCAAACCUUGAAUCCAACUAAUUCAUCAGCUAAUUUAAUCUUUGAACAUUUGAAAGAUCGUGCGAUUCAUAAUCUAUGUAUAGCUUUAAGAUCUGGCCUUAAGAUUGAUCAACAUUGUAUUCAAGCAUUUAUUGCAUCGGUUUCUAAUCAUUCAUAUCACGCUGAGAAAAGUGACAUUGAAUCACAAUUGAUCUCAACUAAUACAAUAAUCACUUUAGGACGAUUAGCAGUUAAUCUUGCAGAUACACCUCGAACCAUGGAGUCAAUAUUGACCUUUCUCCAACAGCGAUUCUGUAAACCACCUUCAUCAAUUGAUGCGCUAAUUGUUGAACAAUUGGGUAACAUGGUACUGGUUCGAAGUAGUGAACAUAUUUAUGAGGAGGUGAUGAAAAUGUUCACCAUGAUAACGAAACAAUCGUCAGCCGCUUACAACGUUGGUUCACCGGACGAUUGGAAACAUGGCUAUCGACAUGUAUCGUUGCCUGUUAAUAACGCGUUGACUCAUGUAGCUGAAAAUCUUGAAGGUGAAACGGAACAAUUAGAAUUGUUGGUUAGAUUGUUGGAGUUAUUCGUUCAGCUUGGCUUAGAGGGUAAAAGAGCAAGUGAAAAAGCACCCGCUGCAGUUAAGGCUUCUAGUAGUGCAGGAAAUCUUGGAGUAUUGAUUCCAGUAAUUGCCACGCUUCUUCGUAAACUUCCUCCAAUUACUGAUCCUAAGCCUCGUCUUCACAAAUUGUUUCGUGAUUUUUGGCUCUAUUGUGUUGUUAUGGGUUUUACUUCGGGAACCAGUUUAUGGCCUCGUGAAUGGUACGAAGGUGUAAAAGAGAUUGCAUCUAAAUCACCGUUACUCAAAUCGGAACAUCUUAGAUCAGAAUUACAAUAUAAUUCAGCUAUUCGUAAUGAAGCCGUUUCAGGAGGUGAACUUCAAGAGAUUCGUAAUCAAAUAUUAAAUGAUCUCAAUAAUCCAGCUGAAAUAACGCCAAUAAUUAACAGAUUAAGUUUCGCUCAGUGUACAUUCCUACUUUCCGUUUGUCGAUUGGAAUCGUUUCGGGUUCAAAGUCAAAUUAAUGGACGUUCACAGUUUAUGCACAUCUUUUCCUACCUUGAAGAUGUCACCAUUCAAAAGGAUAAAGAUGAAAUGUGGAAAUGUAUCCUAAGCGUUUCCGAUAAAGUUUUUCGAGUUUUCCUCGAAAUUGUCUCUAAUAAGCCUCGGGACAAGGAGAGAGAUGCUGAACUUGAAGAAUAUGCAAUUAUAUUUCUAGUCAAAUUUAAUCAUCGGCAAAAACAAAUUCGUCGAGUUGCUGAUAAAUAUCUUUCCGGUUUGGUCGAUAAGUUUCCUCAUCUUCUUUGGUCAAGUAAAGUGUUGACCACAAUGUUGGACAUUCUCAAUGUUCUAGGAAAAUCGUUAACUCUUGAUUCUAAUGAAGAAAAUCCCGAACUAGAUAUUCCCAAUAGUAAUUUUAAAAUUCAAGUUACCGAUAGUACAGAAUCAAAAGAGAGUAUUGUCAGAGAUUUUGCCGCUCGUUCAGCGGAAAUUAUUCAAGAAGCAAUGAAAUGGGCACCGAACACAACUCGAUCUCAUCUUGAAGAUUAUCUUUCAAACCAUCAGCAUUGUAUUUCUGGAUUAAUCCAACAUUCUGGACUUUCACUUGCCGCUGAAAGUAUAAUCCGUUAUUCUGGUGUUAACUCGAUCUCAUCUUCUAUAUCAACUACAACCCUUGACCGUUGGCCUAAUUGUGUGAAAAAUAUUUGCUCCGAGUUUGUGGCCACAAUGUCAUUGAGAUCUCAUUAUAUUGGUGAGGUUGAUGGGAUGAUUUCAAUUGGUCAAGAUCCUGAAGAAAUAAUUAACAACCUUUUAGCCAAAUUUAAUGUUACCUGUCAAGAGAAAGAUGUUACUGGUCAUCGUGAUUGUGCCUAUAAAAUUGCGGCCAUGUUAAUUGCUACUCGUGACUCUGAUAGACGAUUAAUUCAUUCGUUGGCCUGGGCUCCGGUUUAUUUUUUUUCUCAUGAAACAAUUGAUUGUAUCAUCUCUUGUUGGAAGUGGAGUCUUUCCGCUCGACCUGACCUUGAACUUCAGUUUAUGCAAGAUAUUGUCGCUGCUUGGAAUGCGACCGUUGACCGUAAAAUGGGCUUAUUUUCACCCGAUCCAAUUCAAUUUGAUCCACUUGCUCCAGAGGAAAAUAUUUCAUUUCAACCUUGUCCACCUUACCUUGGAUCUCACAGUCAAUGGGUUAAAUUUUUAAUCGAAAGAAUUGAAAUUGUUAAAUAUUCUAGUCUUGAUCAGGUUGAACUUUUCGCCAAUAUGUUACAUCGAUCACUUUCAAUAAUGGUCGGUAAAGUUGAAGGAAACUCUCGUCAUAUUGCAACGGUUGGAACACGAUUUCGUCUAUUAAAUUCUGGCCUUUCGUUGGUCCAAGGGGAAGCGUUACCUCGAUCCAUAAGUAAAAGUGUUUUAAGAGAAAGAAUCUAUUCAGCUUCGAUUGAUUAUUUCUGCUCUGCUCAAAUGUGUCCAACCCAAAAAGGAAAUGAACUUCGUGAAGAUAUUGUCUCAUUGAUUAAAUUCUGGCAAACACUUCUCUCCGAAAAAAAGUAUCUAAAAGCGGCCUUUAUAAACGAUAAUUUCAGUGACACGGUCAGUCAAUCAGCCGCUCUCUUAUCCUCCUACAAUCAACCUUCACUUACUGGAAGUGCCGAAUUCAAUCCCGCUCGAGUGACACCAACAGGAUGGAUAAACACUGUUCCAUUAAGUAGUAACAUGUCCACAAUAUCAAAACGAUCAUCGGGAAUACGAAGCUCCCAAUCAGCCAAGAAAUUGAAUACACUUCCAGCCGAUUUUUUCGUCAAAGAUUACGUUCGUAAACGUAAUCUUAUCCUGGGACUUUUGGCCGUUGAAAUUGAAUUCCUGUUAACUUGGCAUAAUCCAAUGGCUCUAGCGGAGGCCAAUAUACCAGGUCAAGAAAAUAUCGCCACUUGGAGAGAGCAACAAUUCAAUGAACGUCAAUGGAAAGAAACAGCUCGAUUAGCUUGGGAAAUAUCACCUUCAUUAGCAGUUUUCUUACCUUGCAGAUUCAAAAGCUCGGAAGCUCUAAAAAAUGAAGUAUCUCGUUUGGUACGAAUGUACCCACUUUCGGUUUGUCAUAUUCCCGAUGCUCUUCAAUAUUUGGUCAAUUCUGAUUCGAUUCUCGUCGAAUUGCCUGAGAUCACUCACAUGCUGACCUGGGCUCGUAUCUCACCAAUUCAGGCCUUAUCCUUUUUCUCCCGUCAAUAUCCACCACAUCCGAUUACAGCUCAAUAUGCUGUUAGAAUGUUAUCUUCAUAUGCACCGGAAGUAAUCUUAUUUUAUAUUCCGCAAUUAGUUCAAGCCGUUCGUUAUGACAGUAUGGGUUAUGUUUCAGAGUUUAUCAAAAACGCUGCUUCCCGUUCACAGUUAUUAGCUCAUCAGUUGAUCUGGAAUAUGAAGACUAAUAUGUAUCGUGAUGAGGACUCUCAAGUUCAAGAUCCCGAUUUACAUGAUGCUCUUGACCAUAUUAUCACUUGUAUCAUCAAUUCACUUUCUGGUCCGGCUAAAGCUUUUUACGAACGGGAAUUUGACUUUUUCGGUAAAAUCACUUCCAUCUCAGGGGACAUAAGGCAAUAUCCUAAGGGAAAGGAAAGGAAAAACGCUCUUCUCAAAGCACUUAAACGAAUCGAGGUUCAACCAGGCUGUUAUCUUCCGUCCAACUUUGAAUCUCUUGUAUUAGAUAUUGAUUCUGAUUCGGGUGUUCCUCUUCAAAGUGCAGCAAAAGCGCCUUUCCUUGCUCGAUUUAAGGUUGCCCGUUGUGGUAUAAGUGAAGUUGAGAAACUUGGCCUUAUGAAAGUCGAGGAAAUUUCUCAAGUUAACCUUAGAACUGAACUUUGGCAAGCGGCCAUUUUCAAGGUUGGAGAUGAUGUUAGACAAGAUAUGUUAGCCCUUCAAAUUAUCGGAAUAUUUAAAAACAUAUUCCUCAAAUGUGGCCUAGAUUUGUUUCUAUUUCGUUAUCAAGUCGUUGCCACUUCACCAGGAUGUGGUGUUAUUGAGUGUGUUCCCGAUGCCAAAUCUCGAGAUCAAUUAGGACGAGAAACGGACAUUUCUUUGUACGAUUAUUUUCUUAAAACCUAUGGAGACGAGGGAACUAAACAAUUCCAAGAGGCUCGACGUAAUUUCGUCAAAAGUAUGGCUGCUUAUAGUGUUAUCGGUUUUCUAUUACAAAUCAAAGAUCGACACAAUGGAAACAUUAUGAUUGACAAAGAUGGACACAUUAUUCACAUUGAUUUUGGUUUCAUGUUUGAAAGUUCCCCUGGAGGUAAUUUAGGAUUCGAACCUGAUAUUAAAUUAACUGAUGAAAUGGUCAUGGUAAUGGGAGGAAAAAUGGAAACACCAACAUUCCGGUGGUUUAUGGAUCUUUGCGUUCAAGCUUACCUUGCAGUCCGUCCCUACAGUGAGGCGAUUGUUUCAUUGGUUUCCCUUAUGCUGGACACUGGGUUACCCUGUUUUCGAGGGCAAACAAUUAAACAAUUACGAGCACGAUUCUCACCCAAUACAAGUGAAAAAGAGGCGGCAGCUUACAUGUUAAAAAUAAUUCGAGAUUCUUUCCUUAACUUCCGGACCAAAACAUAUGAUAUGAUUCAAUAUUAUCAAAAUCAGAUUCCAUAUUAAUCACCAUCAUUAUCAUUCAAAUUUUUAUCAUCUUUAAUCAAUUAUAAUCUCAUCACCACGUAGUAAAUACUGUUGGCGUGCGUUUUAUUUUUCCUUCUUGACGAGAUUCAAUUUCCUUAAUCUCUCAAUUGCACUACUAUUAUUAUCGUUGAGAUUUGUGAAUCUUUUAGAUUCUGAUUUCAUUUCUCUCUCUCUCUCUCUCUUCCUAGUCGUUUACAAACAAUUACUCCACCAUAAUAUAUAUAUUACAAUCUCUGAUUGUAACUUUUUUUGAUGAUGAUUGAAUUGCAAAAAUCCUUUGCCUAAGGGCCUUCAACAAGAGAGGAUAAGAAAUCACCAGAAAUUUCAUGUUUCUAACAUUAUUGGUCCAUAGGGAGUGAGAAACAACAACAACAAUUAAAUUUUGGCUUAAAAAUGGACCAGAUCACCAAUGGAAAUAGAUUGUUAAUUAUUCACCAGCAAUUAGUGUCAACUUAUAUAAAGAAACAAAGUAAAUCAGUUAAAUAUGGAAAUACAAUGUACUUCAUCAUUCCAACCAAAAUGAUCGGAGAAAUUAAUUUAAUUGUUUAAAGUUGUAAAUUGUUACAAACGAAAACAAAGAUUGUUAUUAAGCUUGAAAUUGUGUUAAAGACAAUUAAACAGUUUUGAUCGUU